AUGAUAUUAACACCUCUGAGGUGGUGUGGGCGAAGAAAAUAUAAUUGUGUUGAGAAUGUGAUGGCUAGGGGAGAGCAUUACUAUAAUAAUAAGGAGGACUUUGAUUCUCUCAAGAGCCGGAACAUCCCAGCCUACAUGGACACCAACACCAACCAAAUCAAAAGAAGUAUGUGCAGCUGGUCUUUUCCCCCUAAUGCUUGGUUUAAGGCUAACUUCGAUGGAGUUGCUAAAGGUAACCCAGGGCCUGCUGGUUGUGGUGGAGUUAUCUGGAAUGGUGCUGGCUUUUAUAUUGGGGCGGUUGCCUUUCCCUUGGGGAUUCAGACUAAUAAUCUGGCUGAAGCUAUGGGCACCCUCCAAACUAUAAAAUUAGCAUAUAAUCUAAGUGUCAAAGUGUUAUGGUUGGAAGGGGAUUCUAAAAAUAUUAUUAAUUGCCUCCUUGGUAAACACCAACCCUCAUGGAUGAUUAAAAACAUCAUUGAUUCUGUCAGGGAGUUUCUUGAGGGGUUUGAUAAGUGCUACAUUUCUCAUGAGUACAGAGAGUCCAACAUGUGUGCUAACUGGGCUGCCAAUGAGGCAGUACAGAGUGAGCAAAUCAAGAUCUGGAAUAGCGAGGCGGAGCUCCCUCAUGUGGCACAUGACAUCUUAAUUUAUGAAAUAUAUCAUGGUAAGCAAGGUUGA